CAUUGCAAUUUGUAUGGCUGUUAGGUAAACUGUUUAUCCCAAAGAAUUAAAUGCAUUGACCAAUAGCCAUAUGAGAGAGAAUUAGAAGCUAUGAGAGAGAGUUUAAAGGGAAAACCUUGCAAGCAGUGUGGGCCAAAACAAAGUUUUGUUUUCUUUGUGUGAAAUGCCAGGAAUCAGCUCUGCAAUCACAUGAAUAUGGCAACAACAAGAGAGGGCCAACUCUCUAUAUUUUAGCCCUAGAAUUGGAGCCCACCUCAAAUAUCUACAAUGUCUUCGCUUUCAAGGUCAGUCUCCCCAUAGGAGUUCUGUCUCUUCAGCUUCUACCCCCCAAAGCAUAAGCAUCCAGAGAGAGAGAGGCUGCGAGGAAAUAAAAUCCUGAUACGCCACCUCUGAGAGAGAGAGAGAGAGAGAGAGGUGUGAGGGAGAGAUUGGAAAGAAAAAUAGGGCUACCCCACAAAUCGUUCUCUACUUUACUCUUUUUUUAAUUUCACUCUAAGACAUCACACAGUGGAAACAGCUUGUGCACUGGAAUUGGGUUGUGGGUCUCUCUGGAUUUGGGCAUGAUUGGGUGAUUUGGCCAAAUGGGUGGCUGCGUGUCCCUCAGGAAACGCCAUGAUUCUUCCAUGAAGCUCCACAUCUCCAUGUCGAACAAUAACCAGAAGGUUCUCUUUCCAGUUGAUGGCAAUGAUUUUUUCAAUUCGAUGGACAGACGUGGAGAUUUCACGCCUUAUAGAGGCAGUUUUAGUCAUCCAAGCAGCAACCAAGCAACCCCUCGAACGAGUGCUGCUUCCUUGGCAGAUCAGGCAUCCAUUCCCAAACCUUCUGCUUCUCCUUUGGAGAAGAAGAAACUUUCAGACUUUUUCAGGGUGAAAUCAGAGAGUGAAAUUGUUGUUCCUGAAACCCCCUCACCAUUACAGCCUUCUCUUGCUAGUAACCUUAGUAAUGGCGAAAAACCACUAGAGAGUAUUAAAUCAACAUCUACUGAGAAAACUGAAUUUACAAACAUGACACCCCUCAGUGAGAGACAUGCUUCUUUAAAGGACCACAAAGAAGAGAAUGAGAAGAGAGUUAAGGCUAAGGCGAGCCAGUGUUGCUUGCCCAGCCUGGUUCGAAACGUUAGCUUUGGAGAGAAGAAGAAGCUGGCAAGCCCCAAUGGCCAGAUCAAAGGAUAGGAGCUGUAAUCAAUCUUAGAGAGAAUUUAUGAAAACUGGUUCAGUGGGGUGAUGGAGAAAGCCCUAACAUCAAGCUUGACGGUUACUUGAAACAGUAAGAUGGCUUUGGAAUCCACCCUGAGCAGUUAUAUUUUCUGUUGGAUAUUUUUCAUGUCAUGUUUUUUCAUAAAAAAUAGGAAUAUGGGCCUGUGCUAGGUGUUUCUUUAAGAAACUGUCUGCUGGAUGAUCGAAAGAAGAUGCAGACGUGGUUGCUUUUGUGAAAAUUAUAAUGUGUUUUCAGGAUAAAAAUAUCAUGUUUAGAGUUUUUGUUCAUUAAAUAGUACUGUGAAUGAUAUUCCAAUAAUAUACGGAAAAGAAAAUCUUUACGUAA